AUGUUCAAAUUUGUUUUCCAUCUAAUCCUACUGUCGAGCAUCACGAGGUCGGGACAAUCACAAUAUCGUGAUCAGCAUUGGCGAAUUCAAGAACGUACGGUCGAAUUCAAUCUGGAUGAGAACUCGCCAAUCGGAACGGAACUGGGUUCAGUGGCUGCCCCCGUGAACGGACCGAAAUCAAUCAGCCAUCCAGCAGGUGCUCUGACCACAGUGUCCGAACUGCACUACAAACUAGGUGCACCAUCCAACCUGUUUGCAGUCAAUGAACAAACCGGAGUACUAAGUACUCGAUCCACGAUUGAUGCCGAAUUACUUUGUUUGAAAGCUCGUGAACAAGAUGUGGCCGAAGAAUAUCCUGGUAAGUCAUAA